CCUCCUCGUUUUCUGACUCCUCCUUAGCCUUUAUCAUUUUCUACCAUUCUGUGGAAACGACCAGUAGAAAAGAUGAAGUUAGUCUGGCUCAUCUGCGCAGUGGCUGUUGCCACCUCCGUAUGUCUGGCUUUCAACAUUGAUACGACAGCCACCCGCAUCUUUACUACAGAACAAAAAGAUUUCUUCCAAAACAAGGUGCUUCAGUUACUGUCUGACAAGAACAAUGGGACACUUGUCACUGCACCAGAGCAGCUAGGACAUGAGGAGACAUGCACAUCUGAUCUGAACCUGACCCACAACUGCAUCAUUGUUCCAGAAAUUUGGCCCGAACACAUGCAAGUACCCAUCAGGCAAUUUGGACUGUCGAUAUCUGAGGACGCCAUGCGCUCUCAAAUCACUGUUUGCAGCCCACGUGCAGUGCAUCCACACAGUGGGAACUCGUCUCUGAACAAAGUGUGUUACAAGAUGAAACUCGGCCGUGGACCGUCCACCCAAGAACGAACAAAUAAGUCUGUGGAAGUCGUUUUUUUAUUUGAUGGAUCAGCGAGUAUGAGCGAAAGAGAAUUCAAGAAAAAUAAAGACUUCAUUGUGGAGAUAAUGGGCAGCCUUAGGGACACGCCAGUAAUGUUUGCAGCAGUUCAGUUCUCUUUUACAGUCCACAAAGUGUUUGACUUCAACGACUAUGCAGCUGGACGUGCUCUCGAUAAACUUAUGAAAGACAAACAUUUAAAAACUCUCACCAUGACACACAAAGCCCUCGAGUUUGUGUUAGAUGAAAUCUUUGACAGCCCAGCUGCAGGCGCCUCUCCUGAUGUUACCAAAGUUCUGAUUCUAAUCACAGAUGGAGAUCCCUCUGAUACAGACAGGAAUGGGAUCAUUAAAAGAUACGAUGAUAAAAAUAUAAUUCGUCUAGUCAUUGGGGUCGGACAUGCUAGGCUGGAUAAAUUCAGGGCCAUCGCUUCAGAGCCAAAACAUAGAAAUGCCUUCAAAAUUGAGAACUACGAUGGACUCACAGGAGUGCUGGAGAAUUUACCGAAAAAUAUAUUUACUGUGGAAGGCUGCACAGCUCCUCGGGCAGAAUUCAGUGGAUUCAGUGCUGUUUUCAAAAAGGUUUGCAGCACAACUGCAGUCAGCAACUGUUCCGACAACUCCUACCUGAAUAUUGUCUGUCACCAGAUCCCAAAUCUUCAACAAACCUCUUCUUCUGUUGUUGAAGAACGAACAAAUAAGUCUGUGGAAGUCGUUUUUUUAUUUGAUGGAUCAGCGAGUAUGACCGAAGCUGAAUUCAACAAAAAUAAAGACUUCAUUGUGCACAUAACUGACCUCAUGAUGUUGUCAGUAAAGUUUGCAGCAGUUCAGUUCUCCUCCACAGUCCACAAAGUGUUUGACUUCAAUGACUAUGCAGCUGGACGUGCUCUCGAUAAACUUAUGAAAGACAAACAUUUAAAAAGUCUCACCAGCACACACAGAGCCCUCGAGUUUGUGUUAGAUGAAAUCUUUGACAGCCCAGCUGCAGGCGCCUCUCCUGAUGUUACCAAAGUUCUGAUUCUAAUCACAGAUGGAGAUCCCUCUGAUACAGACAGGAAUGGGAUCAUUAAAAGAUACGAUGAUAAAAAUAUAAUUCGUCUAGUCAUUGGGGUCGGAGAUGCUAAGCUGGAUAAAUUCAGGGCCAUCGCUUCAGAGCCAAAACAUAGAAAUGCCUUCAAAAUUGAGAACUACGAUGGACUCACAGGAGUGCUGGAGAAUUUACCGAAAAAUAUAUUUACUGUGGAAGGCUGCACAGCUCCUCUGGCAGAAUUCAGUGGAUUCAGUGCUGUUUUCAAAAAGGAUAGCCUGAUCGUGGGUUCUGUGGGAUCGAACAGCUGGCGUAGUUUUCUCCAUAGACCUCAAGAACAAAUGCAGGGUUACCUGGGAAAUUCCAUUUCCAUUGGAAAGAAAAACGGUGUUCCUUUGUAUUUCGUGGGUUUACCAGAGUUUGAGCAAACAGGACAGAUCGUUUUCAGACACCACUGCAUAUACUGGACAGAAGUGCAGAAAAUUCGUGGAGAACAGAUUGGUUCCUACUUCGGUGCUGAGCUGUGCUCAUUAGAUGUUGAUUCAGAUGGGAGCACUGACUUCCUGCUGGUUGGAGCUCCACAGUUUCAUCUGCCUCAGGUGAAGAAAGAAGGCCGGGUCUACAUCUACUCUGUGAGCGAUGAGACUGUACUGGAAAGUAACCAGGAUGUGACGGGACCAUCUAUGGGUAGAUUUGGCACCACCAUAUCCAGUCUUCCAGACCUGAAUGGAGAUGGACUCCGAGACGUAGCUGUCGGAGCUCCGCUUGAGGAUGAUAAGAGCGGGGCUGUGUAUAUCUACCAUGGCAACAGGCAGAGAGGGAUAGUCAGCACUUUCAGCCAGAGAAUCAUGGGAAAAAAUAUCGACCAUGGGCUGAAAUUCUUUGGAAGGGCCAUCUUUGGGGACCUCGGGGAGGAUGGACUCCCGGGUGUUGUGGUUGAAUCGCGUGGUGCAGCUGUUGUAUUCAGAUCCAAGCCGGUCUUCAACGUCUUGGCUCGUCUGUCUUUUCACCCUGAGAACCUUGACGCCCUGAGUCCAGAUAAAAAUGUAGCUUUGGUUAAAAUAACGGCAUGCUUUGAAAAGGUCGAAGCAACAAAGAGCAAAGCAGGGCCAGUGAGCUCAGCAUUGAACAUCACAUACACACUUAAUGUGACGAGUCAAGCAAGUCAAAGUAUGUUCAGUCAGACCCUGGAGCUGAGAGAUGAAAACACCUGCGUCAGCUACUCCAUCAACAGAGCAAACUAUGUGGAUGACACAUCAACACCUCUCAGGAUCGGACUUAACUUCCUUCAACCUGACAGCGAGAGCGCGAGCGCCGUCCUGAGCGUGGACUCUGAAAGAGAGGCUGUCCUUGAGAUUCCCAUUUAAAAAUAAUGCAGAAGAAGAAGUGAGAGCUGAACUGUUCAAGAACGUAUUUCUGAUCUUUAGCAAGUAAAAAACAUGUUAUUAUCAUGGAGUAAUUAAUAAAAGACUUAUUGAUGAAAA